CCUCCAUGGGAAGAUGCAGCGGGCGGGGGCGGAGGAGGCGGCGGGGUCGCAGGCGGCGGCGGGGCCCGGGCGGAGCGGGGGCGGCGCGGCCUCCCCCGGGCGGCUCCUGAGGCGGGAGCUGCGGCUGCUCGAGUCCAUCUUCCACCGGGGCCACGAGCGGUUCCGCAUCGGCAGCGCCUGCCCCGACGAGAUCAGCUGCGAGUUCGUGCCCGGGCCGGGGGCCCGCGCCGGGGGGUCCGGGAGCCGGGGGCCGCCGCCGGGGCCCGUCCGCAUCCACUGCAACAUCACGGAGUCUUACCCAGCUGUUCCCCCAAUCUGGUCUGUGGAGUCCGAUGAUCCAAACCUGGCAGCUAUCCUGGAGCGGCUGGUGGAAGUCAAGAAAGGAAAUACAUUGCUUUUGCAGCACCUGAAGCGGAUAAUCUCCGACCUGUGCAAACUCUACAACCUUCCCCAGCACCCAGAUGUCGAGAUGUUGGACCAGCCUCUGCCAGCAGAACAAAGCACCCAGGAAGAGGUGUCCUCAGAGGAUGAAGAUGAGGAGAUGCCAGAGGACACUGAGGACUUGGAUCACUAUGAGAUGAAAGAGGAGGAGCCAGUCGACGGGAAGAAGUCGGAGGAUGACGGCAUCGGGAAGGAAAACCUGGCCAUCUUAGAGAAAAUCAAACAGAACCAGAGGCAAGAUUACUUAAAUGGCGCAGUGUCUGGCUCUGUGCAGGCCACUGACCGGCUAAUGAAGGAGCUCAGGGAUAUUUACCGAUCACCAAGUUUCAAGGGCGGAAACUAUGCAGUUGAACUAGUGAGCGACAGCCUGUACGAUUGGAACGUCAAACUCCUGAAGGUGGACGAGGACAGCGCUUUGCACAACGAUCUCCAGAUCCUCAAAGAGAAAGAAGGGAUCGACUUCAUCCUCCUGAACUUCUCCUUUAAAGAUAACUUCCCUUUCGACCCACCGUUUGUAAGGGUUGUGUCCCCUGUGCUCUCGGGGGGGUACGUUCUGGGGGGAGGUGCCAUCUGCAUGGAGCUGCUUACAAAGCAGGGCUGGAGCAGUGCCUAUUCUAUUGAAUCAGUGAUAAUGCAGAUCAGUGCCACGCUGGUGAAAGGGAAAGCAAGGGUGCAGUUUGGAGCCAAUAAAAAUCAGUACAGCCUGACGCGAGCACAGCAGUCCUACAAGUCCCUGGUGCAGAUUCAUGAGAAGAAUGUUACUGCUGAGCUGAGUUCUACACUGCGGGCGCAGCGUACCGCUCUGAGCCCCAGGCCAAACUGUCUUGGUGUGGCCCCUGGCCAGCUGUGUGUGGCGGAGGGAGUCUUUUCUCAACUGCCCAUUCUUAUGGAUGGCCAAAGUGUGCUGAGAUCCCCCCAGGAGACCUGACUGGGAAAGUCCGGUACGCAAACAACGUCUUUGAACACCUGAAUUCCAUGCUGUAAGGGAGAGGUAGUUAACUUGCUAAUCUGCAAAACCAAGAACAGAUUUUCCUUCAAGAAACCACAAAGUUUCUCACUUCUGGAGAACAGAUACAGAUUAUAGCUACUUGAUGCUGUGCUCAUCCUGCUGUGGGUGAGCAGUUUGUAUGCGUUUGGGGGUGCGGGCUGUCAGCUGCUGGGGGGGCUGUCAGAAGCACUACACCUGCUCGCAUGUCAGAUGUUGCCCAGCUCUGUAACUUGUUCUGGUUUUGUCUCUGCCAGGGCUGCUGCUCAGUAAGACAUGGGUGAGCAAAGCUUCUCUCAUUCAGGGAGGCAGCAGGUUCUGCACUAAACUGGCUAACAGCUGGGCCAGUUGUUCUGUGCUCCCUGUAAAUGUAACAGAUCAUCUCUACCUUCUAACUGAGUGAGGCAGGAUUACAGGCUGAGUGGAGGAUGGGCUGAAAGGGCAACCCUGUUUCUGCCCCUGCAAAUCCUAGGAGUGCUGAUGAACUGAUUAUGGCAGCUGGAAUCUGUCCUGUCCUGUCACCUCUGACUCCAUUUCAAAAGAGGUUUAUGACUCUGCCUGUUUUACCUUUGCUGGAAGUUAACUAUGUGAACUCAGCGCCCUGGAACUGCUGAGUACAGCUGGGCUCCUGGGCCUGGAAUCCUGAGCGUGCACCAUGAUGUGAACCCUCUGGCUAUGGGCUAUGAGACCAGCACCUCAGGGAGGGCAGAUCAUCCCACAGCUGCCUCCUCUGAGCUUCCUUCCUUCCUGAAGCAGCUGCUGCUGGCAGCUCACUGUGGUAGAUGGCCCAUGGGUCUCAUCCAAUGGGGUAAACUGUCCCUUGCUGCUCAGGCACCAGGGGAGAGGAGGUGUGGUGGACUGAGUCCUCCCUGCUCAUCCUCUUGUUCACUUCCUGUUCCCAUCUUCCAUCCCUUAAACUUGGCAUUUAGAUUGUCAGGAUCUGAUGUUAGAGCUGCUCUCGUCCGGGCCCAUCAGUGUGUGGCUACAUCACUCGUGCCCUAAAGCCAGACUGUCGGUAUGAACUUACUCUAAUAGAUGCUGCUAGAACUCAAAGGCACUCAGAAGCUGCCCGUUAUCUUACCCAGCAGCCUUUCUACUUUUCACUGUCAGCUGUGCAUCAGUGCUCUGGAAUUGCAGGGACUGUUUCACUGCCUGCUUGUAGGCUAGUUGUGUUCACUAAAUAAAGGAAGCAGAGUAUCACUCA